AGGGUAACCGCCCCCGAGCAUCCGAACAACAAAGAUGGAGUUGUGAACUAGUGUCGAGUUAGCCACCGAGGAACGGCCGGUCUCAGUCUUCUCGUCUCUACCUGUACACGCGUGAAACUUCCUGACCGGCUGUAGUGGCACGAUGCGACACAGUCACACGUAGUUGGUAUCGUGUAGCCGUCGUUAGAAACCGUCGAACGGGUAAAAGAAACUAGCCCACGACAAAAAGGACAACAACAAUUAAGCUUCAGCAGCUAGCCGGCUAGCACACUUAGCAUCUGUCCGUUUUCACUGGUCACCAGACGAAGAGCGCGACUUGGCCAGACAUGGAGAAGGGAGAUUUCCUGAAGGGACUACCGGUCUACAACAAGACGAACUUCAGCAGGUUCCACGCUGACUCUGUGUGUAAAGCAUCAAACCGUCGACCAUCUGUGUAUCUUCCGACACGAGAAUAUCCAUCGGAGCAGAUCAUCGUCACGGAGAAGACAAACAUCUUGCUGCGAUAUCUUCAUCAACAGUGGGACAAAAAGCAGAAUGCAGCAAAAAAGCGAGAGCAGGAACACGCAGAGGGGGACAACACGGCGCCGCCAAGGAAAAUUGCCAGAACGGACAGUCGAGAGCUGAACGAGGAUUCAUAGAGCAACGUGCUGCCAGUGGACACCCAGCAGAGACUGACCAACACAAUACACACACAGAUUCAGGAUAUGUGUUCGCAAACCCAGGCCUUGACAGUGAAGCACAUGAGGAUCCAUACAUGUCAGACCACAGUUGUCAAAAUCUUAAUUUCUGAUUUCCUAACCAAAUGCCUUUCCCCCUCUGUACUUCACUGCUUUCGCUCACCACGUCCUUUAUUUCCGAGAACCUAUGCCUCAGAUAUUAGUCUUUGUAGCUUAACGAAUAACGUACAUCUACCUCCUUAUACCGCACCCCCUCUGCUUUUCAUUCACUUAUGCUCAUUAGUUUUACUUUUUUAAAUAUGCAGAGAGUUAAGUCAUUGCUCCCCGGCUCCGAUUUAAGGGUUCAAAGUCUGUGAGAUAUUCAAAUUCUAAGUGAAGUCUGUGUAAGGGAUUAGAGACAUGCCAUCUUCUUUUUUUUAACUCCUACUCCAUUAGGAUUUUUUUGUUUUAAAUUAUGUAAUGAAUGGCAGUGGUCCAUAAGACAUCAUUGUAGCUCAUCCUUUAUGUGAUUACUGUCAUUACAUUGACAAUGAUACUGCACUGUGUUCCUUGCUUAGAUUGACGAUCCAUUCAGGGUUUAUUUAUGGACUGUGUUGUGAAAGAAGACGGGUGUUAAAAAAUGUUUUCUUUUGUCCUGAUAAAUAAUCAUUUAUUGCCUUAAGUGGAAGUGCGUGUGUUUUCAAAAUGUUUUUGAGUUCCCCCUUGGUUUACAUGGUUGUUUCAGGAAGAAAUGCAUCACUUCUGAGCUGAGUGGAUGCUAGCAGGCCCUGACAUGAAAGACACACUCAAGCCAAUGCAGUCACACUAGAGGAUGUAAACUCUUUCUGCAGAUUUCGUAGUUUAAUGUUCAGUACUUUGAGCUCUUGACUUCACGAGUGGAGCUUGUGUCGUUGUAAUUGCAUGAUUAGCACAAUAUUUUCUGAAAUAGAUGAUGACUACAAAUUUACAUGUAGCUGUACUAAUGUGCAGGAUACUUGUAAGGCUGCUGUCUGUCCUUGUUGUAAAUGUGCUAGUCAUGUUUUCUCAUAUGUAUCGACCAUUUUGAGUCAUAUUGUGGGAAUGUAUGUUUGACUGCAGGGCCAAGGAAACAGUCCGUGUUCCCUUUUGUCAACUUGUUGAUGCUCAUAAUAAUGCUCCACAAGUUCUGUAUAUUUGUAAAGUGUGACUAUUGUGAACGUUCUGCCCCUUUUAUCAGGUAACGAGAAUACUUUCCCAAGUCAGCCAUAUUGAAAUGUCACUUUGUUUAGCCAAAGAACAAGCAUAAGCAUUUGACAUCAUUUGUUAGCACCUUUUAGAUAAAUCACUUAUUUUGCAUUUGGAUAAUUAUAUAAGAGUAAUCUGUUGCAAAUUGUGUUGGCCACAUUUUCAAUGUUUGGCAUAGCUCACAGUUUAUUCAUGUAAAUUUUAACAUGUUAAAGAUUGUUGUUUACAGAGUAUCUGUUCAGGUUUGCUGCUUAUUUGAGUCAGUCCAAGGAGAAUGCACACAAAGUUUCACAAGUAAGAUUAAAACUAGAGACAUUUCAUAGGGUGUUCAUUCUUUUGUGAAACAUCAUUGGAUUUAGUUUGGAAUGUGUUUAAAAAUUUGUUCAAAUGCUUUGCUUUGAGUUUAUUGUAUAAAUGUAUUGUCAAUUUCA